AUGAGAGUUGUUAGGAACUUUGGAUCUCACUGGGGUAUUUUGGCAUCAAAUGAUGAGGGCGGUGAGCAGUCGGGUGACCAACCCGAACCACAGCAAAGGCCUCAGAGACGAAAUGUUAGAGGACAAGGAGAAAGAGGCCAGUCUUAUGGUCUGAUCGUUCCCGGCAUCACUCGUUCUUUGACUUGCAUGGAGAGGAACGAGUUAACUAUGGGGUAUUUGAAGACGAUGAGAGUUGUUAGGAACUUUGGAUCUCACUGGGGUAUUUUGGCAUCAGAUGAUGAGGGCGGUGAGCAGUCGGGUGACCAACCCGAACCACAGCAAAGGCCUCAGAGACGAAAUGUUAGAGGACAAGGAGAAAGAGGGUAG